CGGUUAUUUAAAUCGAAUCCAACAGAUUUCUAUAAUGAGUGCGUUGGAUUGAACCACGUCUUGUGUCGUGUACGUCUUAGCAGCAGCGUUCUAGUCCUCUCAGACUAAUCGAAUCACACUUCUUAAUUUUUAUUAAACAAAAUUAGUAACUAAACUAGCAUUCUUUAUAAAUUAACUAGCCAUUUCUAAUCUUCAAUUAACGAUUUAUCAAAUUUAUUGGCGAGUUUUUGUAUUGAUUACACGCUAGGUGUGAAUAUUAAAAUAUACGCUACUCCCAAAAAAAUCAAUCAUUGUGACGGGCAAAACACGAGAUACACGAGUUUGUUUGUUUGUCACAAAUGGAAAAGUUACCAAAGGUCAGAAUUGUGAUUUGUGAAGACCAAAAUGACGGAGGUGGUGGUGGGAUCAGUUUUGUCGAAAAGUAUAUUAGUAGUAGUUGAGAUAAUGUUUGGAUAAAACUUUUAUGUUACUUUCAUGUGUCUACAGUAUUUUUUUUUUUUUUGGUAGAUCCCUAUACGGUAUUAUUAUAUAAACACAUUUUUGUUGUACAUCUUUUACGUUACACGAAUUUUAAAAUGUUAUUGAUUCAAUAUAUAUGGCUAUAUAUACUUACUAGAAAAUAUUGUAACUAAUAUGAUGAAUAUUGAUAUAAUAUAUAUAUUAUAUAGUAUCAAUCUGGCAAUUUUACUCUUAAAAACCACCCCAUAUGCAAUAAGUUAGUCAUCAUUAAAUCACUAUAUCAUUCAUGAUGUCAAUUUCGUUCACAAAAAAGAAAAAAUUAUUAUUGAUGAUGCCAAUUUCAUAUAUAAUAUAGUAUAAUGUAUAUAUACAUAAAUCCCCCACUAGAUGCAUUCUUAAGAGAUCACUUUCAAGAAAUAAGUCUAGACAAAAUUAGAUGAGAAGAGAAGAGAAAUAUCAAAAUUCAAAAGAUAGAAUUCAAUGUUGUGUUGAGUUAGUGCUACCCCUCCCAGUCUCAAUCUUUCUUCUUCCCCAAAAUAAUAACAAAUAGACUUUUCAAACCCAAAGGAAUGGUGAAUCCUUCUGGAACAAGAGAUGUCUCUUGUGGUGGUUGUCAAUCAACUCAUCUCUUCCUCGCUUCUCUUGUUGGUCUUGCCGCCGUAGUAGCUGCUGCGUUUUCCGGAGAAUCACUCCUUCGCCGCCGGAAACUCUAUCAUCAAGGUGAUUCGAUGGCGAAUAAAGACGAUAAAAUCGCCCCUUUAAUCGAGAGGAAAGAUUCAGGUCGACGACCAAACCUCGAGAGGUUCUCCCACUAUGUUGCAAGACAGCUAGGAUUUGAGGAUCCAAAUGAAUACCCGCAACUAUGCAAGUUAGCAAAUGCAUAUUUGUUGAAAACAAAGGGGUAUGAUGAGAAUGUGUUUGAGUAUCUGGUGAAUGAAGCUGAGGCUGACUCUCUCUAUGUUCAUCUCCUUGAAGAAUUUGACCGAUGCAUUCUCACUUAUUUUGCUUUUAACUGGAACCAAUCUUCAAACCUCAUCUCUCAGGUGUUAAGCGAUGAAUCCGACAAGAAAGUACCAAAACUCAAGGAUUUUGUGAUGGCAGCGACGAGGAAACAGAGGUUCGAGAGAGUGACAAAAGACCUGAAGGUGACAAGGGUAAUUUCGACAUUAGUAGAAGAGAUGAAAGCCAUCGGAAGCGGAAGCAACGAGCCUCACUGUACGGAGGUAAUGUCUCCGGUGGCUCACAACAAACGUAGUCCCGUCCUCCUCCUUAUGGGUGGUGGAAUGGGCGCCGGGAAGAGCACCGUCCUCAAAGAUAUCCUCCAAGAGUCGUUUUGGUCGGAGGCAGAGGCGGACGCAGUGGUCAUAGAAGCGGAUGCGUUUAAGGAGACGGAUGUUAUUUAUAGAGCUCUUAGCUCUAGAGGUCACCAUGAUGAUAUGCUUCAAACUGCUGAAUUGGUUCAUCAAUCAUCGACCGAUGCUGCAUCGUCCGUACUAGUAACGGCAUUGAACGAAGGACGUGAUGUGAUAAUGGAUGGAACAUUAUCGUGGGAGCCAUUCGUGGAACAAAUGAUCGAAAUGGCAAGAAACGUCCACAAACACCGAUAUCGAAUGGGCGCAGGCUACAAGGUGUCUGAAGACGGGACAAUAACCGAAGAAUAUUGGAAACAAAUCGGUCAAGAAGAAGAGGCCAAACAAAAUGGGAAACAACAAAUCUUGAAACCUUACAGAAUUGAGCUGGUCGGUGUGGUUUGCGACGCUUAUCUCGCUGUAGCAAGAGGCAUACGGAGGGCUCUAAUGGUAAAGAGAGCAGUGAGAGUGAAAUCGCAAUUGAAUUCACAUAAGAGUUUCGCAAACGCAUUCCCAAAGUAUUGUGAGCUUGUUGAUAACGCUAGGCUUUAUUGCACUAAUGCUGUUGGUGGUCCUCCAAGGCUUAUAGCAUGGAAAGACGGAAGUAGUAAGCUUUUGGUAGAUCCAGAGGAUAUCGAGUGUCUAAAACGGGUCAGUAGUCUUAACCCGGAGGCAGAAUCCAUUUACGAGCUAUACCCGGAUCGGAGCCAAAUAUGCAAGCCCGGUUCAGUUUGGAAUGACGUCGUUUUGCUCCCGUCAAGGCCCAAGGUCCAGAAGGAACUUAGCGAUGCAAUCAGGAACAUCGAAAAGGCCCAACUGAAAAAUUGAUGAUAUUGUGAACUAGACCCUCGAAAUUCUUAUCUUUUGGUAUUUGUCAUUUGUUUUGUUGUGUGUUUCUUUCUUUUUUGUACUCGCCUCUAAAAUAAGUUAAUAAAAAAAUAAAAAUGGGAAUAUGAGUUUU